CUUUUCUCAAGCAACAAGAUAAUACUUUUGACAGAAAAAAAAACGGAAUCUCGGUGAAAAUAUUCACACCUUACUCAAAAUAAGUUUUUUUUUUUUUGGUUUCCAAUGUUCAACAUUGCACCGUACAUUGCCAAAUAUGUGCGCUCCUUGCAUGCAAACGACGAAAGCUUUCACGUCCCAUACAGUCAUACACAAUUUGGAGUUGUAUUAAUGGUUGACGUAGUUGGUAAAUUAACAACGAUGGCACAAGCUAAAGGUGAUUCAGGUGCAGAAGCCAUUGCCAUGGAGAUCGGAGCCUAUAUGGGAGAGUGCAUCCAAAUAAUUGAGUUCUAUGGUGGCGACGUUGUAAAGUUUCUCGGAGAUGCUGUCUUAGUCUGCUUUCAAUCAACCAAUAAUUCAAAAAGAUACUCUGAUGAUCUAACAGGAAAUGAUGAAAAUAAUGAAGCAUUUGAACGACAAAAGAGUUUACUUGUACGCAAAGGCAUUGAAUGCGGAUUGCAGCUGCUUGCUCGACUUUCUCAUUAUCGAGUUUAUCUGACAGCAGAAGAGAGGUCGAAACACCGAACGCCUAAUGGUGAUAUCAGAAAAGAAAUACAAAAACAAACCAUAUAUGAUGCUAUGAACUCAAAUUUUGAACAUUCCAGCGAUCCUGCGAUUAGCGAAUCUUCUGGUAGUGUGGAGCAUGCCACAAAGAGGAACAAACCUACUACUUUUGAGGAAAACAAUUUUCUCUCAAUUGAUAAUUGGAUGCCAGGAUUUAUGAAGCGAAGAAAGCACCUUAAAAAUUCAUCUCGAAGGAAAAGCGAUGCCAGUGAGCUUUCAAAUUCGAAUAGUAUGGACAUAAACAACUGUAUUGAUUUAGAGCUACACAUGUCGUUGUCCUGUGGAGAUAUUACAAAUAUCGUUCUGGGUAAUUUGGAUCCAGAUGAUCCGAAGUAUGUUCAACAUGGGGCUACAUUUCUUCAAACAAGAGCUGCUGUAGGUUCCACAAAUGACAUUGCCGUCAUACUAGAUGAAUUUUUUACACAGUACCAAGGACGCCUAGAAUACACAAUUGGCGGUGAUGCAGUAGAUGCUUUGGAUGAAGCAUUGUCCAUAGCAAAGGCUGGAGAAAUGAGUAUUACACCUGCAGUGUAUGAUCUUGUGCAAAGACAAUCCAUGAAUUUGACGUUUGAAAGAAGAAGGCGAUUUUUUGUGAUCAAAAAUAUUACCGAAGAUCCACAGCCUUUGCGAAAGAACAAUUCUACCCACCCCUCGCCACUUCGACAUGGAACUAUAUCAACCAACCGAAAGAAUAGCCCAUUAAUUAACACGAAUGCAAAGUAUCUCAAGACCCUACCUGGUUCACAGACAGAUGCAUCAAAAAUGGCUUUUGAACCAUUAAUUCCUCGGGUGCGAAAUACUUCUCAUAUGAACUUGCCUGUUGAGUCCAAUCGAUACUACUUUAAGUAUAUUAAUCGAAGUGCUCUUUACCGUAUGCAGCAUAGUGUAGAUGGUAACCUUUCUGCUCAGUUUCGAGAUGUGACCAUUAUGUUUGUUAGUCUUGGAAAGACUGAAGUAACAAAAAAAGAUGGGUUGAAUAAAGUUCAAAGAGCUGUUUCUUUAGCCAUUGCAACGCUAGCUAAAUAUGAAGGUAUGCUACAGCAAUUUGCAAUUGAUGAUAAAGGUGCUACAUUGUUAGCUGUUUUUGGUCUCCCACCAUUAUCGCAUGAACGCGAAGCUGUGUUUGCUGCAAAAGCUGCUUUACAUCUUCGGGAUAGCUAUCAUGCUGAAGGGUUUCAAGGUUUUGCGAUAGCAUUAUCAACAGGCACUAUAUUUACAGCUGUGUUACCACAAGGAAGUCCUUAUCGCCGUGAUCCCAGCAUUGCAGGCGACGCCAUUAUUGUAGCUGUACGCAUGCUCAAGUUCCCUUUUUCGAAAGAAAACGUUGUAUGCGAUGCAUCUACAAAAAAACAAAUUGGUGGUCUUUGUGAAUUUGAAGACUUUGGUGAGAACUUUGUAAAGGGAAAAGUAAAGCCUGUUCAAAUCUUUGGAAUAUCAAAAUUUGGUCCUCCUGAAAAAGACAAACGUAUCUCAAUCUUGAGUUUUGAAAAGUCAAAUGAUUUUAUCGGAUACAAGUCUGAAAUGCAGAGAGCCACUCAUUUUGUAGAUGACUGGAAUGAUGCACCUAAUCAUCACUUUCUUGUGGUAUCUGGACCAUCUGGUGUGGGUAAAAGCUUUUUCUGUAAUAAUUUGCAUAAAAUGAUUGCGACUCACGGUGUAUAUAGUUGUUGGUCCUCGUCCACUGAAGUUGAGAAAAGUAGCAAAUACUACUUGUUAAGAAACAUAAUGUUAGCUUUGUUUGAAGUUAUUGAUUCAGACAAAGUCCCACAAAAGACUACAGCAAGGUCAGACACAUAUUCUCAGAGCACAAACACAAGCAGUCACCAUUUUCAUCUAAAUCAAUCCACUCACUCUGUCGUUGGAUCCAAUGAUUCAGUGGCUUCUUCACCUUCUUCUGGAAGCUUUCCAACAACAAAAGAAUGGUUCAAGCGUCUUGCUUCCUAUACAUCCAUGUCUCCUUCUUCUAUGGGCUCAAACUCAAACCAUGCAGAGAUAACGAACGAAAUAGUAGAGGGAUACAUGCCUUUAUUUAAAGAUAUAUUUACUACAUUGAGUGAAAUCAAUGAAAAUCGAUAUACAAGGUUGUUAGACGGGAGAGCAAGAGAUAUCCUAUUAACAGGAGUUAUUACACGAAUGGCGCAACAUGUUUCAAAGCAUGUUGGUUUAGUGGUUAUUUGCGACGAUGUUCAAUGGGCUGAUUCCUCUUCAAUCCGUAUACUUCAGCAUAUUCAUGAACAUUGUCAGAGAGUAAUGAUACUUAUGGCAACACGUCCCAUACGAGACUACAAUGUUGCUUUCAUUGAAAAUUUUAGAUCGACAGGUUCAUAUGAACACAUAGAACUAAACGGUCUGGGAGAGUAUGAGAUUGGCGAAAUCAUUAUGCAGAAUUUUGAUAGUGGCGUACAUAGAAUUAGUCCUGAGAUUGUUAAAGUAGUUCAGAAACGCACUGGUGGCAAUCCGCUUUAUGUCAAAAAUAUGGCCAUAAUUCUUAAAGAUUUCAAUCAUGUCACGGUUGUUCAAGGAGAGCUUGUACCAAGCACCAGCAACUUUGAUUUAGAAGAUCUUUUAGGUAACUUUGACUACAAGAGGAUAAUAAAAAUGCAAUUUGAUAGAUUGGACUCUAGUUAUCAAGAGUUUUUAACAGUUGCCUGUUGUCUGGAUCAGUACUUCACUAUAUAUGAAGUAGGCUCUGUGAUUAAAGACAACAACUUUAUUUUUAAAACGAAUGAUACAGAGCAAGUUCAGAAACAGCUCCAAACUUUUGAUGUCUAUCAUUUUUUGCAGCAAGUUGAUAGUGGUAACCCUCUCGAAAGUAAUGUAGCCUUAUAUACUUUCACGCAUAUUACUAUUCCACAAAGCAUCUACGACAUGAUAUCCUAUGAAACACGUAUUAAUCGUCAUCGAGCACUGGCUAAAUACUAUGAAAGCCAAAUCACCAAAGAUAAUUAUCUUCAACUUUUGGGCAAGAUCACAAGGCAUUACCUACAGACAGAUCUGGUCGGAAAACAACUUUACUAUCUUGAAGCCUUGGCAGAUCAAAAUAUGCAGUCUUAUUUACUGGCUGAAGCAACCGCUAACUUACAAAAGAUUGUUAGAAUACUAGACGAAAAUGACGAAUUAAUGGACCAGUUUGGCCAUAUUCAUCUGAGUGAUAUUUAUCGCCGACUUGGCGUCUGCUAUACCAUGAGAACGAAACUAAAUGAAGGUGAACACUAUUUAUUUAAAGCACUUGAAGUCUUGGGCGAACCUUGGCCAAAAUCAGCACCCCACUUUCUUUAUAAAUUCUGGAGAAACAAGCUCAAGCAAUAUCAAAAUCGGCGCUGGGGAUUUGUAUCUAAAUAUACAAAUACAUCGAAAAGAGAACAUGGCUUUCGUGUGGUAGAGAUCAUGGCUCAAUUGUCGAACAUUUACUUUUAUACAGGCAAUGGCAGAGAUUUUGUAUAUGCCUGCUUAAUUGGCCUAAAUGUUUGCGAAUGCUUGGGCGAUUUGGGACCAAACUACACAUUAUUUUUAGCUCGUAAUGCACUUCUCUGUUGGCUCAAUGAUGACAAAACCAAUAGCGUGUUCUAUAUAGCUAAAGCUUUGCGCCAAAUGGGCACUGACAAGACUGAUCCUGGUACAUUGACAAUCUGCUCACUUUUAUGUUUUGCUGCGGGAAAAUUUUCAAAUGCAAGAGACUUACUCUAUCAGUCCAUUGAAGGCUCAAGAACACUUGGUAUAGUGACAGAUUGCCAGUCCUUCUAUAGAUCAGUGGGACUCGUUGUCACUAUGCGGAUUUUUGAAGGCACAUUUAAUCGCUCUGCUACAGAUGUAGCUCUGUUAAAACAAAUGGCUGAUACUGCACAUAGUAAUGGCGACUAUGAAGCUGAAACAUGGCUAGGCGUUUAUAAUGUUGGUAAUGCUAUUAUAACAGACCGCAUGUCAGAUUGUGCACCUUACGUUGCAUUGUUGGAAUCACAUGUAAGAGAAGCUGCGGAUUAUAACCGCAUUGCUAUACAUGGUACAUUAGUUUGCUAUUAUGCAAGAAACCAUUUAUUUGAAUUAGCGAGGCGACACAUACAAAAGCUCAUCAACAAUUUGCCUUGUCUGACAGUAACACCCAAUACUUUUCCAAUCUUUGGACUUAUUUUUGCUACAAUGGGGCUUUAUUGUAUGGUAGAAGAUGGGCAAAUCGAUCUUAUGUCAGACGGUGAUUCUAAGAAUUACGAGAAAUUUAUUUUUGGCUUAUCAAGAUUGAACCAUGCAUUUCAGCAAGUCAAAUUUUGGGAAUUUACUCAGCCUUGUUUGUACCUUGCUCGUGCAUUGCCUUAUAUUACAACACGACGUAUUGUCGAAGGGUACAUGGUUCUUCGUCAUGGUAUUUUUGAAAUGCACUUUAUUCAAGAAAUUAGGUUUUUGAAAGCUUAUUAUUGGGCAAAUUUAGGCAAGUUUGCUUUUACACCUGAAGACCGAAUUGAGUGGACAGAAAGAGCCAAAAAGGACUUUGAUGUUUUGGGGAUUCCUGCGGAUACAUAUUGUAAUCCUGAUCCAGGAAAUGCAUAUUAUCGAGGCCUUCAAGCUGAUCUACGCGCUUCCAUUAGUGUCAGUGAGAAUACAGCAGGAACUUCUGGAGAUCCUAGCACCAGUACUUCAGAAGAACAGCAAAAAGUUGUUUCCAAUGAGGUAGCUUAGAAUGCCAACUUUUAUGUCAACGAACUUAUUGUAUCUAUUAUUGUAUCUAUUAUUGUAUGCCGGUUCUGUUGCACGCUUAUUAUAUGUCUACAUAAUUACUUUCUUAAUUUCUUAAUGAUAAUAAUGUAUUAUACUGAAAUAAAUCAACUAAAAUGCAAACCAGACAAAGAACUAUGACAUACAUUUGGACGGUUGCAUCGCAUUGUCGCUUA